UCUUCCCCUUAGUUUUUGUGGUGGCAGGCAGAGGGAGGGGUACGUGCUGAGCGGGUUGUUGUCUGUUGCUGCUGGGGACAAGCGGAGCUGCCAGGGUCGGUGAAAGUACUGCCCAGACCAAGACUUCGGUUCACAACAUCCUAAAAAGUACCACCCCGAGAGACAUACAGAGACGAAGAGAAAGCGGAUGAUAUAAACAGCUACCCGAGGUCCUCCACCAGAGAAGAAACCAAAUGGGGAAUCUGUUAAAAGUGCUCACUUGCACAGAGCUUGAACAGGGGCCAAACUUUUUCCUUGACUUUGAAAAUGCACAGCCGACAGACGGAGAGCGUGAGGUGUGGAACCAGGUGAACUCAGUCCUCCAGGACUCUGAGAGCAUCCUGUCUGGCCUGCAGGCGUACAAAGGAGCCGGCCAGGAGAUCAGAGAUGCAAUUCAAAACCCCAAUGACUUCAUGCUGCAGGAGCGAGCGUGGAACUCUGUCUGCCCGCUGGUCAUCAAACUCAAGAAGUUCUACAGCUUCUCCCUCAGACUAGAGGAGGCUCUACAGAGUUUGUUGGAGUGCCUGACAUGUCCGCCCUUCACGCCCACUCAACACCUGGAGAGGGAGCAGGCACUGGCCAAACAGUUUGCUGAGAUCCUCCACUUCACUCUGCGCUUUGAUGAGCUGAAGAUGAGAAUUCCUGCCAUCCAGAACGACUUCAGCUACUACAGAAGAACCAUCAGUCGAAACCGGAUAAACAACAUGAACUUGGACAUCGAGAAUGAAGUCAACAACGAGAUGGCUAACAGGAUGUCUCUGUUCUACGCUGAAGCCACACCCAUGCUGAAAACACUCAGCAACGCAACCACAAACUUUGUGACAGUGAAUAAGACUCUUCCACUGGAGAACACAACAGACUGUCUCAGCACCAUGGCCAGCGUCUGUAAAGUCAUGCUGGAGACACCGGAAUAUUCGAGUCGCUUCAGCAGCGAGGACACGCUCCUGUUUUGCAUGAGGGUCAUGGUCGGCGUCAUCAUUCUUUAUGACCACGUCCACCCCAAUGGAGCCUUCAACAAGUCCUCCAAGAUAGAUAUGAAAGGCUGUAUAAAAGUCCUGAAGGACCAGCCGGCAGACAACGUAGAAGGCCUCCUGAAUGCCCUCAAAUUCACCACAAAACACCUGAACGAUGAGUCCACUCCGAAGAACAUCCGAACGAUGCUCCAGUAGUUUGUUCUUUUUUUAUAUAUAAAUAGAUAUGAAGAGGAUCAAUGCUCUGACCUCAAAUAAGAUGUAUAUGUUUACAUUAUUUAAAAAGACUCGAUGUUAAUACUUGUGUGUAUUUGCAUAGUCAUUCCCUCCACGUUAUUGAACAUCUGCCUUCUUCUUCUACUUUGCAAAAAAAACAACAAAUGAAAGCAUCACAUGAAUUGCCUCUACUGUUAACAGCUGUCAAAGCACAAAUGAUGGAUACCUAUCAGCCUUAUAUAACUGAGCUUUGCAAGCAGCACUUGGACAUAAAUGACAUAAGCAUAAAAAUGUCCUUUAAUGAAUCUUUUCAAUCUUUUACUUGACAAUGGAAUUAGUGUACAGGUUUUAGUCAAAUUCAACUUGUGAAAUGACAUUUUAAAUUCUGACAGGUUCUCAUUUAUAUCAGUGAAAAUUCAAUAUGCAUUAAAACGAGUGAAGUUGUGUCUAUGUUUUCACUUGAGAUUUGAUGAUCGAAUAUGAAAUCAAUCAAUGUUAAGAUUUAUGUCGCAGUGAAGGGCUAAAUAUUGAGAGCGGAUAAGGGAUAGAUUGGUUUGAUGUAUGUAUUGCUAAAAGCAUUAGGGUGUUUUUUGUUGUAUGUCUUUUUUGUUCAGACUCCAGCCUUGUGCAACUGUUAAAAAUAAAUCCACUGUGAACAUAAAACUUACUUUGCACAUCCAGUAAGUCAAAGUGUGCUUUAACUGCGAGGUUUUGCUUAUCGAAAAGGCAGCGAUAAUGAAACACGAAAAUCAAAUCAACCCACCAAAUAUUUUAUUUGAUUGUUUUGUGGCAAUACUCUGAAUGAUAGUUGCGUGUAUUGCCAUGUUUUAAGUGACUUUUUUUUUUUUUUUGCAGCUUUUGUAUUAAAACAGAAAAUGCAUUUCUCUAAAAGAAAGGCCAAAAAAUCUUUGAUUCUGAAUAAAUGAUAUGUAUUUGUUAACUGAACAAAAGAAAGCUUUUAAUCUUUUUCCUUAAAGGUUUGCGUUCUCUUUAAAUUCACUUUAACCCUCUGGAUCUAUUCCCAGAUGGGUCAAAGGAAUUAUUCACCUUGUCUCCACUGGUGAGACCAAUGUGUUCAGGUUCAUUUUUUUAGAUAUAAAUUUUGAUAUUUUUGACAUGUUUAAAACUACAUUUGAGUUCAUUGAGCUUUCUGUACAUCAAACUACGCCCAGGAUUGUUUCGUAGCCUUAGAAUUAAAAGAACGUACACCUCAAAAUUUGCCUUAAAUUGGACUGCUGAUGUAGAGUUAAUGACUUUCAAACUUCUGCCGGUUUCUUUUUCACCUCUCUAUUUGUCAUUGAUCUGUGUCCAAUAUGGGAAUCUCUCAUGUAUUACUGAUGCCAUCCACUAACAUGGAUAUUCCCGAUUGUUGUUCAUUUCCUCAGUGUGCAACAGCAGCUCCUAACAAACUCAAACUAACCUGCUCACGAGGUCGGACAAUCUCAUCAUCCUUAACUGUUGUACACUGCAUUUUUAGUGUGAUCUCUGAAUGCCAACGGAAAAGUGUUUUAAAGGAAGCACCUAAAAAAUAUUUGGAUCAAUUCGGGAACAAACCCAUUCACUUCUACUUUUCCAGGGGAAAAACGGUGCAUAUUUCUCUAAUUUUACCAUCUAACAUAUUGCAAUAAUAACUAUGACCUGCCUACACCACGCCAUCAUCACAUCGUAUGAUCUCACAAUAUGGAAAUGUCUGUGGCUUAUCAUGGAGCACAACAUUGCUUUAAAGACUUAACCUGUGAAACCCAUAAAAAACAAUUACAGAAUUACUUUUAUUUUCAUCCAUAAGCCAUAUACUGUAUAUACUGAAUCAUACACAUUAACACAUUAACAUUCAGCACAUUAACAUUAAAUUAACAUGUCUGCAAGUCAUUAGGUCUGUUGUUUAUUUUUGGUCCUCUUGUAUUUAGUAAUAUAUACGUGUGUGUGAGCCAUACUUUGAAUGCAAUGUUUUAUAUGCAAUAAGUGAAAACUGACUUGGAGCGAGGUGUACGUAUGAUACGGAUAUUUUAUAUCUGACUGAAGUGGAUUUUUUCAUUUAAAAAAAAAAAAAUCUUCUGUCAUGAUUGAUGUACACAAAGCUUCCCUCUUUGCCCAAGAUAUGCUACUGCGUGUUGAAUCCAAAAUGUUGUUUUGAAUACAGAGACAAAAUCAGUUUGUUCUCUUUUGUCUUAAACUGACAGUUAUUGUUUAAUAUUGUUGGAGUUCAGACUCACUGUUUAUAUAAAUUGCUUUGGCUUUGUAUUGUAUAUUGAAUGGGAUGUGUGGAAUGGAUAAUAAAGGUGGUACAUUUCUUA